GCGGGCGAUGGCGGCCGUGGCGGCGGCGGCGCGGGGCGGCCUGCGCGGGGCACUGCUGGCGCAGCAGCAGCGCUGGAGCUCGGGCUCGGGCGCCGACCAGCUGGGCGAGCUGGGUAAAGGCGCCGGGAAGGGCGGCGGCGGUGGCGGCGCCAUCCGCGAGGCCGGGGGCGCCUUCGGGAAGAAGCAGGCGGCCGAGGAGGAGCGGUACUUCAGGGAGAAGGAGAGGGAGCAGCUCGCUGCCUUACGGAAACACCAUGAGGAAGAGAUUGAUCACCACAAGAAAGAGAUAGAGCGUCUGCAGAAAGAAAUUGAGCGCCAUAAGUAUAAGAUCAAGAAGCUUAAAGACGAUGACUAAGCUGAUGCUGUUGUUGAAUGUGCAUGGCCAAUACUGAUUGCGGUGUAAAACAGCAUUGAAGACUGUAUGCUUUGGCCAACAUAAUCCAAAGUCGUCCAAUUAUACUGUGGUCUGCAACAAUGUCAAAUAAACUACUCAGUCUCUC